AUGGCAGCCACUUACCCCAAAAAAGCCGAUACAAAACAGCAAAAAGACAUGCAGGCCUUCUUGAAACUCUUCUCGCGCCUUUAUCCGUGCUGGGUGUGUGCAAAAGGUUUCCAAGCAUGGAUGGGCCACCCCAGUGGGCGUAAUGAGCCCAUGCUUGGUGGGCGCGCGGAGUUUGGGUGGUGGAUGUGCGGGGCGCACAAUGAAGUGAACAGGAAGCUUGGAAAGGAAGAGUUUGAUUGUCGGUCUUGGGAGGAGCGAUGGAGAACCGGCUGGAAAGAUGGGCGGUGUGAUUGA